AUGGUGCCUCAGACCAGGGUGUUUGCUGGCAGCGGGGCGGUGAGAAGAAGGAUUCGGGGAUUUCUGUGCCAGGGCAGUGACGUCACACACCAUGAAGAUACGGGGGGCAAGUCCACACAGAGGGAGAAGUUUGAUGAUGGAAAUUUCAUCCUGAGGUGCACGGGUCCUGGCAUCUGGUCCAUGGCCAAUGCUGGGCCCCACACAAAUGGUGCCCAGUUUGUCAUCUGCGCUGCCAAGCCCGAGGGGCUGGAGGGUGAGCCUGUGGUCUUUGGUAAGGUGAAAGAGGACACGGAAACCAUGGAGCGCUUCGGAUCCCGGAAUGGCAAGACCAGCCAGGUGACUCUGAGCAGCGACAGCACCCAGAACUCCCGCUAA